CUACCUAUUCAGCCACCGGUCAGCCGCCACUUUACACCAGCAGGUCGGUACUACAUCUCAACGAUUGGAUUCCAUCUGAUAAGACGCUUUCCGUUUUCAACCUGGACUUCUGUGCGAGCUUUCCUAUCAAACCAUCAACCUUUAUACAUCAAGGAAUGACAUAGCGAAGUCUGAGCAACACUACUUUGCGAUCUACCGCAGCAGCUUGUCACCAUGGCUAUUGGCAAGGAAGGAAAUGUCAAAUGGGUCGAUGUAAGUGCGCAUGCAUCUCUUUUCCCUAAUCACCAGUGGAGGUGCGGUUUAGGAUGGGUGGAGCUUUUCGCCAGCAAUCGAGACUUAGUGUUGGGGAUUUAAUCAUGAUAUGUUGCGAUAUGAGGAGGGAGUUCUCAAAGUUUCGCGAAAAUGGGACGCUUGUCCAAAAGAAAAUGCUCAGGAGUCCGGGUGGCGUCCGGGUUUGCAACUAUCGACAACUAGCGACGGGAUGGCACGAGGGAAAUCAUUGUUGGCUUCAAACGAUCAUAUUAUGAUGAUUAACUAACACCAUUUCUCAGGGUCUCCGAGGUCUCGCGUCCACCCUCGUAGUAUUGACUCAUAUCGCCAGAGCCUUCGAUGGCGAGCUCUUCCUCCCAACCUCUCAUGAGGGUGCGCAGCCCCGACCUAUGCAGCUGCCAUUUUUGCGAAUCCUCGUUCAAGGUCGCAUCGGUGUUACUAUUUUCUCUUUUGUUACCGGAUACGUCUGCGCUUUGAAGCCGAUCAAGCUAUAUCGGCAGAACAACCAAGAUACCGCCUUCACAUCUAUUGCCAAAUCAGCCCUUCGCCGUGUUCCCCGGCUCGUCAUCCCUUGCGCCUUCGCAACCUUCUUGAUUUGGAUUAUGGCGAACUUGGGCAUGUUCCUGGUUGCGAAGCAGAGCGAUUGUUGGUGGUGCGGAAAGACCGCACCUGACCGCCAGGCCACCGCGUUUCUCUCGGUGAAGCACUUGAUUCAGAACAUCAUUUCGACAUGGACACGAGGUCAAAACGCCUACGAUGGAAACCAGUGGACGCUUUUGCCUCUACUAAAAGGAAGUAUGGAAGUAUACACAUUCGUCGUUGCUACAGCCUACAUUCGACCGCAAUUUCGAAUGAUUCUAAGCUUGAUGAUGUUUGCCUACUUCUGGAUUGGAUCGGACUCGGCUUUCGGAAUGCAGUUCUUCUGGGGUGUUUUCCUCUGCGACCUACAAAAUCAUCCGCCCGCAAACGAGUGGCUCACUCGCCGGGCCAGAUUGUCGCAGGUUCUAGCUGCGAUUUUCUUGUUCCUAGGUCUUUACGUUGCCUCGUUCCCUGAAGGACAUCCGGAGUGGAUGACUUGGUCGAACUACCAAUUCAAGGUUCUUAAGCACAUCCUGCCCAAGGAUCCCGAUUUCCCCCGAUUCGCCUCCGGAAUUGGCCUAGAGUUAAUUACCUUAGGUUUACAUUUCAGCCCCGCCCUACGAGAUGUGCUCUCGAGCAAAGUCCUUCUCUGGUUCGGCAAGCAGUCUUUUGCUGUGUAUCUCCUUCAUGGUCCCCUUCUUCGUAGUGUACUCUGCUGGAUGGUUUAUGGAAUUCGUGUCCCGCCGCCUAUCAUUAACGACAAGGGUGAGACGAUUCACGGCACGCUCAUGUUCCCUAGUGGAUGGCGAUUAAUAAUCUCGCUUCCAUUCUGGAUUCCUCUGAACUAUGGUGCUGCCAUGCUUUGGACGGGCUAUGUUGAUCCGUGGUGCGCGAACCUGACAGAGAAGAUCGUGGGCAAGGUCAUGUUGGCACGUGACGAGAAGGGUGCUCUACUGCCACAAUAGGGAAGUGGCACCGACCGUCCCGACAAGCGCAACGAUGACGUAAAAUUGGAAGCGAUAGAGAAAUGAAUCUCAACAAGGAAUAAUCAGGGGUU